AUCAAGAAAAGGUAAAGCGCGAAGAAGUCGGCCAACUCAUGGAAGUUAUUUUAAAUGAGCAGAAAACGUCCAUAAGGGACAUUCAGGCUGUCCUGCAGAGUAUUUAUGAAAAGCUGGAGACCUUUGGAAAGUCGGGGGACUAGUUACCAAGUCAGAGCAUCUAAUUGCGUUGCUACUGACGGUUCUUGUACAUGGACCGAGCCUUUCACCUGCAAAAGUCCGAAAACGUUUUGUACAGCGGAAGCUGAGUGCCUUGUUGUUACUAAAUCCAUCAAUUCAUCCUACCCGCUGGAAUCGGUUGCUAAUCAGCAGUUCCAGUGCAGAUGUCUAUCUGGGAAUUCAGGAACCUGCAAACCAUACCAAUUUGAUGCCACAUUUUCCGUUCAAUUGGAUUGCACAACCCUUGACUCAACUAACAGUUCUUUAAUUAUUCCGCCCCCAUUGUUGCCCAAAUUGUCCACCAUUGUUUACGCCGAAAUGUGGAGGUGCCCUGCCGAAGAGAAUACCAUUAUCCAGUGCAGUACAGGAAGAGCAAGUAUUACAGACGAUUAUAAAUGCAAGGGCGUUCCCCAGUUGCUUCCAAACGUGUUGGCUCUCGUACGUUUCUGGUGUCAGUAUAAGGUAACGGAUUGCCGAUUUGAUUCAUCGCUGAUCCUUUCCCAUACCGGUAAACCGACAACGUCACCUUCACUACCGAAUAGUUUCGUUUUUGAAUUGGAAAGAGCCACAUAUGACGCCACACUAUUCGGAUGUGGCGAUUCGUCUCUGUCCACGCUCGAGGGAGAUUCUUGCUACAGGCUGACACCAGUGAACCUUGAGUGGCAAGAUGCUCGAUCGUAUUGUCUUCAACUUGGAGGCGAUUUGGCUCAUUUCACUAGCCUAAUCAACUUUGCUUCCAUUUUGCGUCGUUUGGACAAUUCCAUUCCGUCGAAUAUCACAGCAUCCUCAGCUAUACCCAUCUGGUUCAAAUGGUACAUUUGGACCGGAGAACAGCGAACGCCGCAGCACUAUAUGGAAUACACCAGUGCGUUCCAGUGCGCUGUUUAUGAUUUUGUGUUGCCUGCCGACGGAAUUAAUCCACAAGCCGACUGCUUUAUUGGCACAAAGACGAGAAAAGUCCGUGGAUUAUGUGUUUUAUCACCAAGCGUUGCAUCGGAAAAUUUCGAAUACGAACAACUUUUCUGUCCGGCCACAUGCGGCGUAACCGGAUACCCCCCAGAUUUUUGUUGGGAGGAAACAUUAGCUGAUACCCAAGUUAUUAAAAACUGCCCAUCCAAUUACAAAGGUGAAGCAAGUUGGUUUUGUGGUCCCGAUGGUCAAUGGGCGACACCAAGUCCUAACCUCAGCAAUUGCUCUAAUCCGAUUGUCGAAGAUUCCAUCAACCAAGCCAACAAUGAGAUUACCAAUGGCGACAAUCCCAGCGGUGCACUGAAAUCCCUUACCAGUGUGGUUGAAACAAACGAGAUAGCUUCAGGCAAUAUCAUUCAGAUACAGCAGACAGUCGUGUUAGCUAUUGAUAAACAAAACACUUUAAUUGCUAACGAUCCGGACCCCGUUUCACGAGAUGCUACAACCAAAAAUUUCACGAAUUCUGUUGUCGACCUCAGCGAUGUGGUGAUGAACAGUACCUUAGCGUUUUGGGGUUUGGAAAUCAAUGAUCGUGCUGAAGCGGUCAAUCAAAUACAAACGAGCGUGGACGACACCUUACUUCUUUUAGCUGAAAAUCUUCUCGACGACAUUUAUCUGUACACAGGAGGCAGUUCCCAGAACUUAGCCAUACAAGUGGAGAAUAUCGCACAAGAAAACUACGAUAAUGAAACUUACGUUUACGUGGUAGGAGCUAAUGACCAACUGACUCUUCCGGUCGAAUUUCUUAAUGCUACCAAUGAAACAAACACUACUCUCUCGUUUGCAACUUAUUCGGCAUUCCAGGAUAUUCUGCAUGGCGACACUUUGGCCCAAUUGUUCGAUGAGAACCAAACAGCUCUUGUGCCGAUAAGACAAGUUGUGGUGUCGAGGGCAAUAGGUGCAACAAUUGGUGAACCUAACGGAUCGAUCUAUUUCGUUGAUGGCAAGGUUGAAAUUUUGCUCAGCACGUUGAAUCGAAAUCUGUAUGAAGUUAAUGCGACAAGUGCAACUUGUGCCUAUUGGAACACUUCCACGCAAGAUUGGUCGUUUGAUGGAUGUGAAGUGAUCUAUGCUGACGAUGUAUCAACCAUAUGCCAGUGCGAUCACUUAACCAAUUUUGCUGUUCUAAUGGACAUUAACGGCCUGUUCCAAAACACGACAAUACUUGCUUUAGACUACAUAACCGUUGUUGGCGAGAGCAUUUCAAUUGUUUGCUUGGUAGUGGUUAUCCUGAUUUUUUCCUGGGUGCGAACUCUACGACGCGAUUUCCGUUUUACCAUUCAUCGAAAUUUGUGCUGGAACCUACUGAUUGCCGAAAUUCUCUUGUUGGCUGGCAUUGAUGCAACAUAUAAUCCGGAUCUCUGUUUAUCAAUCGCCGUGUUCCUGCAUCUAUUUUUCUUAUGCGCCUUCAGCUGGAUGUUUAUCGAGGGUCUUUACAUGUGGUUGCUUCUGGUUAAAGUUUUCCCAGGAACUGGAUUAAAGCGCUGGCAGUAUUACUUAAUCGGAUACGGAUUGCCCGUUUUGGUUGUGGUAAUCACCUUGGCAGCAACUAGUACCGAAGCUUACAACAACUCUUCAUAUUGCUGGCUGAGUUACGCAAACGGUGCAAUAUGGGCCUUUGCUGCACCAGUAUUAGUCGUAGUACUGGUAAAUAGCGUAUUCUUAGUAGCGGCUCUCAGGAUUACCUUCAAAACAAGGCAUGCCACUUCUGGAAAUACAGACAACCAUCGAUGGGUCUUGGGUACUGUCUCUUUGACAUUUAUUCUUGGCAUUACUUGGUUGUUUGGUUUCCUAUUCUUCGGCCAAGAACUUGGACAAGGCAUCGCCUUUGCCUACAUCUUUACUAUCUUGAACUCAUUGCAAGGAUUUUUUAUCUUCAUAUCAUUUUGUUUUCUCAACAAAAAAGUCCGCACUGACUUACAUCGACAAAUUGUCAAUCAUCCGACAUAUCAGCGUGUGUCCGAGAAUUUUAGCUUUGACUGGAGUGCCUUGUUCGCCAGACUAUCGUUAACCACGAUGGACCGUUACAACGUAAUGGAAACAACAAAUUCAACGUUGAGUAACAGUCAGUCGACUGUGCAAUCCAUCCAAUUAUAUACGACGGAUUCAUCAAUGUUAUAGCGAGAAAACAGCACAAAUGCCAACUUAACGAAAUAAGUUUCAAAAUAGUGAUUAUUAAAUGUUCUAUAGUAUAUCUUCCAUACUUUCAGACUCAGAGCUCCCCAAGUAUUUGAAUUUAAAAAACGUCUGGUAUGAG